AUGGAGAUAGAACCACUUGAUCCCGUCUACGUCCGUGAACGACUCUCUCGCCCUCCCUUCGUUCAGAUUCCUGGUGUGGCUAAUGUCCGGGACUUGGGCUCGUAUCAUAGCGUUACGCAUCCUGGGUCCAUGACCAGACCUCGCAUGUUAUUUCGAUCAGCUGAGAUAUCUGCCAUUACAGAAGAGGGAAAGGUCAAACUUAAGGAGCUAGGUAUCUCGGUAGUCUAUGACUUGCGGUCAGACACCGAAAUUGAGCGGUACGAAAGCCCUAUGCCUGAGAUUGAAGAUGUGGAGGUUCUGCGAGUUCCAGUAUUUAAGACGGAGGACUACAGCCCGGAAAUGAUGGCCAAACGAUUUGCACUGUAUGCCAGUGGAAAAACCGAAGCUUUCAUGGAACUUUAUUCCCAAAUUUUGGAUCACGGAGGACUUGCAUUCGGGGUGAUCCUCAGGCAUGUGAGAGAUAGCCCAAAUGAAGGAUUGUUGUUUCAUUGCACAGCUGGAAAAGAUAGGACUGGGAUUGCAGCAGCGUUACUUCUCAAGUUAGCGGGUGUGGAAGACAACGAAAUUGCAGAGGAUUAUGCUCUGACGAGAGUUGGUCGAGAGCCUGCUCGUCAGAAAGUUAUGACUCGUUUGAGUCAAAUUCCCAUGUUUGCGACGAAUACAGAAGCUGCGCUUAACAUGUUCACUUGCCGCCGCGAAGUCAUGUUUGCAUUCCUUGCGCUGCUGAAAGACCGCUAUGGUGGAGUUGAGGGAUAUCUUAGAGAUUAUGUCCACCUCUCCGACGACGAUAUACAUGUAAUCCGGCGGAAUCUGCUUGCGCCUGAGAAGUGA